GUGCCCGCGGGUCCUUCUGGGUGUGAUGGUUUAUGGAGAUGUCUCAGCUGCCCGAGUUUAAGGAGACAAGACAGUGGGUGUGAUUGUAACGCCGGCAACGCCAGGAGUUAAUCGGACCAUGGCCCGGCGCUAGAUAUUGCUGGAUCUAUACACACACACACAGCGCUGAGGCGACACAGCAAGGCGCUGGAGACACAGGAACUCAAAACCACGACCAAAUCUUAACUUUGUCCAAGUCAGAAUCGCAACCAGCUAAACGAAUUGAGGAAAGGAAGCGAUUUACAAACAUAAAGAAACAUUACAACGUGCUGAUGAUAAUCCGCCGUGAAACUUGAAUGGGCGUUGAUACAAUGCAGCCGGGAACCCGCGGGAUGGGAAUCGGAUAAAAAAACACACGAUAAGAUAUUCCGGAGACAAGGAGCGGUCCAGGAGCGCCUAUAAACAUCGCCGGGAAGGUUACUACGGAUCUGUGCUACCGGUUACCAUGGUGAAUGAGACAUCUCGAUCCUGGGAUCCCAAGUUUGAGGACCAAGCCAUCAACGUGAACGUGGGGGGCCUGAAGAGAAAGCUGAGCUCCAGCACACUCUCCAGGUUCCCCAACACCAGGCUGGGCCAGUUACUCGCCUGCGACACGGAGGAGUCCAUCCUACGGAUAUGUGACGACUACGACGUCUCAAAGAGAGAGUUCUACUUCGACCGGCACCCAGGCCUCUUCCCGUACGUCCUCAACUUCUACCAGACCGGGAAGCUGCACAUGAUGGACGAGCUGUGUGUCUUCUCCUUCUCGCAGGAGAUCGAGUACUGGGGCAUCAACGAGUUCUUCCUCGACACGUGCUGCAGUUACCGCUACCACGACCGCAAGACGGAGAGCAGGCGCAAGAACUGGGACGAGGAGAGUGACGUGAGCAGCGUUGACACCUCCCCGGAUGAAAUCUCCAACUUCAACCGGGACUUGAUGAUGUUCCAAGGGAUGAAGUACGGCAACUGCAGGAAGCAGCUCUGGUUGACCUUGGAGAACCCUGGAUACUCCAUCCCUAGUAGACUCUUCAGCUUCAUGUCCAUCAGUGUAGUCCUGGGCUCCAUCGCCACCAUGUGCAUCCACAGCAUGCCCAAGCACCAGAUGUUUGACGAAUUUGGGGAGCAGAUCGAUGACCCACGGCUGCAGAUCGUGGAAUAUUUUUGCAUCGCUUGGUUCUCCAUGGAAGUCUGCUCGCGUCUCCUCCUCACGCCCAACAUCAAGAGGUUCUGCUACCACCCGCUCAACAUGAUCGACAUUGUCUCCGUGCUGCCGUUCUACAUCACCCUGCUGGUCCACCUGAUCUUCGGUGGCUCCAUGGACCUGGAAAACCUGGGCAAGGUCAUCCAGAUCCUCAGGCUGAUGAGGGUCUUCCGGGUAUUGAAGCUGGCAAGGCACUCAACAGGAUUGCGCUCCUUAGGGGCCACCUUGAAGCACAGUUACCGAGAGGUGGGCUGCCUGCUGCUGUACCUGGGCGUUGGCGUGUGUGUCUUCUCCGGCAUGGCCUACACGGCGGAGAAGGACGAGGGCGUUGGCCUGGACACCAUCCCAGCCUGCUGGUGGUGGGGCACGGUCAGCAUGACCACGGUGGGCUACGGCGACGUGGUGCCCAUCACCGUGGCUGGCAAGCUGGCCGCCUCGGGCUGCAUCCUGGGGGGCAUCCUCGUGGUGGCUUUGCCCAUCACCAUCAUCUUCAACAAGUUCUCCCACUUCUACCGGCAGGAGAAGGCACUAGAGGAGGCUGUGAGGGGGAGCCGGAGGGUGAGGAGAGAGGGCGGGGAGGAGGAGGAGGAGGAGGAGGGCAGAGAGGGAGAGGAGUCGGCACAGCCAAGCGGCCAGGCUCUGCGGCACUCCAGCAGAACAAAGGACCAAGAACUGCCGGCAAAGUAAGACUUGUCCGAGCCACAGAGGAAUUGUUCUAUAGAAUCUAUAUUAGAUUGCGGGACAUUCUCUACACAGGAAGAUUCUGACUGAAUGGGACGGUUGUGAGAAUUUUAUAUCCCCUCUCCCCGGCUGUAGCCCUUGUGAACAAUGUCCUCCUGUAAGCUAAGGGCAGCCAUCAUGUGAUAGGUGUGGUGCUACCAAUUGUUAGUUGUCCUGCUCAUCCCCUUGCCCCGCUGAACUCCAUGCCAAAGGACUAUUAGAUUCAUAGAGUCAUACAGUGUGGAAACAGGCCCUUCGGCCCAACUUGCCCAUGCCGACCAUCAUGCCUCAUCUACACUACUCCCAUCUGACCACUUUUGGCCCAUAUCCCUCUAAACCUGUCCUAUCCAUGUACCUGUCCCAAUGUUUCUUAAACGUUGCGAUAGUACCUGCCUCAACUACCUCCUCUGGCAGCUUGUUUCAUACACCCACCUCCCUUGUGUCAAAAAAAGUUACCCCUCAGGUUCCUAUUAAAUCUUUCCUCCCUCACCUUAAACCUGUGUUCACUGGUUCUCAACUCCCCUACUCUGGACAGAAGACUCUAUGCAUCGACCCGAUCUGUUCCUCUCAUGUACUUGUAGACCUCUUCUAUAAGCUCGCCCCUUAUCCUCCUGCGCUCCAAGGUAUAAGGUCCUAGCCUGCCCAACCUCUCCCUAUAGUUCGAGUCCUGGCAACGGCCUCGUAAAUCUUCUCUUCACCCUUUCCAGCUUGACAAUAGCUCUCCUAUUACAUGGUGACCAAAACUGAACACAAUACUCUAAAUGCGGCCUCACCAACACCUUAUACAAAUGUAUACGCUGCAUUGUUCCCACCAUAGACACAGCACCUCCCGCACUCCCCACCACCUGUCCUGCUUGACGUGUUCUACACAGCAAUAAUUGAGACGUAAUUCUCAGCGGGGAAGUCUUCGAUGCCAAUCAACGCCACAUCUCGCAGAAAUAAUUUGCAUUUAUAUAGCACCUUUAACUUACAAAACUACUGGAGCUUCCUAGAGGGUGCGUAGAAUGUAGAACAGUGCCUCACAGGAACAGGUCCUUUGGCCCACAGUACCUGUGCUGAAUAUGUCAUAAGCCAUAGGAAAAGAAGUAGGCCAUUCUGCCCAUCGAGUCAUGGCUGAUCUAUCUUUCCCUCAAUUCUUCUGCCUUCUCCCCAUAAGCCUUGACACCCUUACCAAUCAAGAACCUAUCAAUCUCUGCUUUGAAAAUACCCAAUGGCAUCCUCCGCAGUCAUCUGUGGCAGUGAAUUCCACACAAUCACCACCCUCUGACUAAAUAAAUUCCUCCUCAUCUCCUGUUAGUUUAACAUGAUGCCAUGUUUGCCAGGUUAAACUAAUCUCCUCUGUCAGCACAUGAUCCAUAUCCCUCCAAGACUCCUGGAACUACUUAGUGGGAGCAUAGAACAUAAUACAACGCAGGAACAGACUCUUCAGCCUUCAGUGCCAAUGCAGAACAUUGUGCCAUGUUAAACUAAUUCCUCUGCCUGAAUGAGUUUCCCUGCCUACCCCUGCAUUGUCACACCAACUGGGAUUCUCGGCACUUGAGGAGAUGCCAGGGGAAGUUACCCAAAAGCUUGGUCGAAGGGGCAGGUUUUAAGAAGGAGAAGGGAGGGGGAUUUCAGAGUUGGCGUCUCGGUAGCUGAAUGAAUAAGGAGAGAAGAGGGAUGAAAUGUGGAGCCAGAGAAAGGGAUAAAGGUGGAAGGUAUCUCCUUAUCUCACAUCCUUUUGUCUUUUCAUCUAUGGCCUGAGUCCACCGAUCUGCCAAUCAAACCUCCCUCACCUGUAUCCACCUAUCACUUGCCAGGCUUUGCCCCACCCCAAAUUAUUUUCCAUUUUUUGGGAUCCUAAAUGUCACCCAUCCUUUUUCUCCAGAGAUGCUGCCAGACUCGUUGAGUUACUCCAGCACUUUAUGUCUAUCGUUGGUGUAAACCAGCAUCCGCAUGUCCUUUGGUUCUAUGGUUAGGGUUAAGUUGGACUCUGCGAUUCUUUGUUUCUACUGUACCAGAAUGCUGCCUGGAUUUGAGGGCAUUAGUUACAAGGAGAGGUUGGAUACACUUGGAUUGUUUUUUCUGCAACAUCGGAGGUUGAGUGGAGACCUGAUAGAAUUAUAUAAAAUGAUGAGAGGCAUAGAUGGGAUUCUACCCAGGAUAGAAAUGUCCAACACAAGUGGGCAUAAGGUUAGAGGGGAAAAUUGAUGGAGGUGUGGGGUUUAGAGUACCUGGAACGCAUUGCUUGGGGUGGUGGUGGAGGCAGAUAAGAUAGUGGCACAUGGAAGUGCAUGGAAUAGAGGGAUAUGGAUCAUGUACAGUUUUGUUUUGGUUUAGUUUAUUGUCACGUGUACCGAGGUACAGUGAAAAGCUUUUGUUGAGCGCUAACCAGUCAGUGAAAAAGCCACACAUGAUUACAAUCGAGCCGUCCACAGUGGAUACAUGAUAAAGGGAAUGAUGUUUAGUGUAAGACAAAGUCCAGCAAAGUCCAAUUGAAGAUAGUUCCAGGGUCUCCAAUGAGAUAGAUAGUAACUCAGCAGGGUUCUCUAGUUGUUGAUAAGAUGGUUCAGUUGCCUGAUAACCGCUGGGAAGAAACUGUCCCUGAGUCUGAAGGUGUGAGUAAUCACACUUCUGUACCUCUUGCCCCGAUGGGAGAGAGGAGAAGAGGGGUAAGACUUGUCCUUGAUUAUGUUGGUGGCCUUGCCGAGGAAGUGUGAAGUGUGGAUGGAGCUGAUGGAAGGGAGGUUGGUUAGCGUGAUGGUCUGGGCAGCAUCAACAAUUCUCUGCAGUUUCCUAUGGUCCAGGAUGGAGCUGUUCCCAAAGGCAGGCAGAUGUGAUCAUUCUAACUUGGCAUCAUGUUCGGCACAAACACAGUGGGUCGAAGAGUUUACUCCUGUGCUGUUCUAUGUUCUAUGUUCUUAGUGGAGGAGAGGGAGAUUGAGAAUGAUGAGAGUUUAGUGCUUUCAAAAUCCAGCACAGGAACUGUGGGCUGAAGGGCCUUAUUUGUCCUAUGUUGGUAGACAAUGUCUAUGUACUUGAUACCCACAACCCUACAGCUGUUCCUUGCAGGUUUGUGAAACUUAUGCUCAGCCUGAAAUCCAAAAUGAAACCGUUCCAUCAACACUAGACAAAAUUUCCUGAUGACAAGCCAGUCUAAGGUGUCACAAGCCUCAGUGCCAAGAAAUCACAGUGACCUUCCCUGCUUCCCCUUCAUAAAAGUCAUUGCAGAAAGAGCCGAUCGAUGGGAAUGAUUAAAGAGCAUCGGAUGAGAAAAGGCCACAAAAGCUGGAAUAAUAAUCAGCUCCAAGCUAUCGGAUGGAUAUUGAUGUAACAUGACUGAUGGUCUCCUUGCGUUGUUCUGCAAUUGGUGAGACCCAGUCAUACACUCCUUAAACAGCUCGCCUCUCUUCACACUGACCCAGUGAGGCGUGAGAGGUUGCAAUCACAGUUACCGUCCACUUAAUGCAGUCGCCAAAGGGAAACACAUGGACACUUUUGUGCUCAUUUGCCCAUGUGUGCAUGCAUGCAACACAUAGAGACACUGGGACAGACAUAUAAAGAUGCAGACAUGCAUGCAACAGGCACAUGCACAGACACAC